UAUUCACGCCGUUAACGAAUAAACGGAAAAAACAGUCGUCUCCCAGUCCCUGCUGGCCGGAAAAAUCACAUUUCCGGCGAGAGCUCAAAAUUCCGAUGAAGUUUGGAAAUGAAGAAGAAGAAGAAGAAGAAGUGAAGGUGAGAAAGGAGAGAAGUUGAAGUAGUUAGUUAACGUGCAAUGCAGGGAACGGUAAAAGGUUGUGAGAAGGUUUGGAUGGAGGAUCUUGCACGCCACACAUGCAUUGAUACCUACAAUUUACAAAGAUGAUCCUCCCUUUUUGCAAAUUCCCACCUUGCCUUAUGCCCUACUUUAUUCGUUUUCUCUCUCACACUUCUUCUUCUUCCUCUUCUUCUUUCCAAAUACUACCACUAUUUAACUCAUUCUCACCUCUUCCCUCCACUUCUGUCUUAUACUCUUCCAAUUCCCACAAGGUUAGCUUGUGGAAAUCAGAUAACAUGCCGAAAUGCUAUGAUUUUGAUCAAGGAAUAAAAACCAGCUUGAGUGUACAAGCAUUAUCCCAUUUGCCAGAUCGUAGCAAAGUCAAUAUAGUUGCUACUCAGAAUGAGAGUAGCCUCUUUUCAAGUUCUCUGUCAGAGUUGUUUAGCAGGAAAUUGAGAUCAUCAGCAAAUAAUGCUUUAUAUGGGCAUUCUGUUGACACUGUUGCUUCCCACUACGAGGAAGAAAGACUUUUUGACUCUCUUGAAGAACUUGAGGCUCAAAUUAUUGGAAAUCUACUCCCCAGUGAUGAUGAUUUCCUUUCUGCAGUGACAAAUGAACUUGAGCUCGACCAGAUCAUCCAAGACAGCUCUGGUGAGGACGUGGAUGAACUAGAACUUUUCAGUAGUCUUGGAGGAAUGGAUUUAGGAGAUGAUAAUAGUCCAUCUUCUGGACAAAAGAAUUCUGAAAUCCUUGAUGGAGCUUGUAACAGUCAACUAGGACUGUGUAGUGCCUUAAUUGAUGGGGAACAGUGUUACGAGAAACACCCUUCUAGAACAUUAGUUGUGAGAAACAUUAAUAGUGAUGUCAAAGAUUCUGAAUUGAGAUCUCCUUCUGAGGAUACUCCUUCCAAGAAAUAUAUGAAUCAGGGCACCCUUGUGGUCUUUCUGUAUGAUUCAUCUGUUUCGAGUAAUGAGCUUCACCGUAUAUUUAAUGUAUAUGGAGAAAUAAAGGAGAUUCGAAAAAGCCCACAUGAUCUACUACAUCACAAGUUGAUUGAAUAUUAUGAUUCUGGAGCAGCAGAGGCAGCUCUCCAUGCUUUAAAUAGAGAUGAUACUAUCAGGAAGAGGCUAAAGGUUGAACCAUACCUAUCUGAAGACUCAAAACGGAGUAUGGCUCAACAGAUCCAUCCAGAACUAGAACGGAAAGGAAGUAACCUUUAUCUGCAUCAGAACAGCCCUCCUCUUAAGUCACCAACUAGCUUGCCAGGUUUGCGUGGCAUUUCUGAACCUGGUAAGAUGGAUGGUGGAAGAAUUCUUGGUGUUGAGCCUGCCUCAUGUACACCAUCUGUGAAAACUGCUUGUGUUCAUGGGGUCUCUUCAAGUGUUUCCAAGUCAUUACCAUCACUGGUCAGUGUUAAGUCGUUUGACAACAGAUGUGAAAUUACUGAGUACGAUUCACCAGGCCAGUUGAAUUUUGAUGUUCAAGACGCAUCAGCUUCUCAUCCCCAUUUCCUUCCAGAAUUUCAUGAUGGUUUAGCUAACAGUGUUUGCCGUACUUCUCCUGAGGUGGCAGCAAACAUCAAUCUUAAAACACAAGAAAGAAUAGAAAGCAUGCAGUUCUGUCCAGUAAACUCCAAUGGACGCUUCAUGGAAUUCAAUGAAUGUGUUUUCAAAUCCUCUUGUAAUGGAAGCUUCCCUCUUCCUCCUGACCAUCAUUACAAAUGUGGGAACUUCUAUCAGCCUCCUGAAAUGAUGUGGCCAAAUUCACCUUUAUAUUUUGAUGGAGUUUGUCCAUCCCCCACCCUGCCAAGAUUGCAUGGACUUCCUAGGUCACCAUCUAAUAUGAUGACAACUGUUCUACCCAUAAAUAGCCAGCAUGUGGCUUCAGCUCCUUUUUGGGACAGAAGACAUACCUAUGCAGGGGCAUCUCUUGGGAAUAUGCAUUUUUCUGGUAAUACAACAUCAAAUUGUGCUGACUUUGUUUCUUGCAAUUUCAUUCCCCAUUUUGGGGGAAACUGUGUUGAUUUUCGAAUCCUCCCCAAGCACCCUGGACUCCAUUUUCAUAACCAAAAGGACCUAAUGUUUCCUGGAAGAAACCAUAUGAUUAAUUCAUUUGAGACUCACAAACAACGUACUAGAAGCAGGAGAACUGAAGGUGUGUCAGACUUGGCAGACAAGAAACAGUAUGAACUUGAUAUUGACCGCAUAAAGAGAGGGGAAGAUAUCCGAACAACACUUAUGAUAAAGAAUAUUCCUAACAAGUAUACAUCCAAGAUGCUGUUGGCUGCUAUUGACGAACGUCAUAGAGGAACAUAUGAUUUUGUUUACCUACCAAUUGAUUUCAGGAACAAAUGUAAUGUGGGAUAUGCAUUCAUCAACAUAACCAAUCCCGACUUGAUUAUACCAUUCUAUCAGGUGUUCAAUGGAAAGAAAUGGGAGAAAUUCAACAGUGAGAAAGUGGCAUCACUUGCAUAUGCUCGCAUACAAGGGAAAGCAGCACUCAUUGCUCACUUCCAAAAUUCAAGCUUGAUGAAUGAGGAUAAGCGCUGCAGGCCUAUCCUCUUCAAUACAGAUGGCCCUAAUGCCGGUGACCAGGUUCCUUUCCCAGUGGGCAUUAAUAUUCGCAACAAAUCUGUAAGAGUGAGAAGCAGCAUUCAGGAGGAUAGCCUCCAAGGGAGUCAACAUAAUUUGGGAAUCAGCAAGCUCUCAUCUGAUGGAGACAGUCAUUCGUUGGAGUCAGACUAAGGAAGCCAUCCUUGUUCCUUCUGCCAUACCAUUAACUUUAGUGGGUGCUAACCUUUGGAAGCCAAGUGAUCUAGUCACAUUCAUAAAGUAUGUUUGUGGUACAUAUUUACCAACACUAACCUUGAGUAAGGCAAGAAGUUUUCCCGUUCUUUUGGCUUUUGUUACUAAAUCACAACUUUUCAUGUGCAAGAGUACUGUGCCAAAAGAUUACAUGUACAGGAAUUUCACAUUGGAGACUGGAGGAGAGGCUUGUAAAGUGGUUUGAGGAGAACUUAGUCUGUAUCAAUUUUACCUUUGUUUUCCUUCUUCCUCUCCUUGCUUUUUUCUUCUGUAUAUUGUUGAUUUUGGAGUCCUUCUCAUCCCAAACUGGUGAAAUUUUUUUCUACUAUUUGUGUACUGUGCUGAAGCCUUCGUUGACUGUUCAUCAUUGUUGAUGUUUGGUGUGCAUACACACUCUUCUAUUCACUUUUUCCUUGAAAAUGUUACACUUUGAAUAAUGUACCUGUCGUGUCUCGUCUUUUGAGUCUCUGUUGUCACAUGUAAAGAUAUAACUCACAUCUCAAAUUAUGCUACUAGAGGAAACUCAAUACAGAAGGUUUCAUGUGAAUUCUGAUUCAUCAAAACUGGCAAUUUCUGAUUCUCUUAAUUUGUUAUUUUUCUAAUUUAUUUUCAUUGUAACUUUGGGUCAAAUUAGCAUGUAAGGAACUUUACAUGUAUGCUCCAUUGUAUUAAUACAUAAUGCUACAAAGAGCUGAAUAA